GAAUCUGUGGUGAACCUAACUUGAACUGCUUUGACAGUUCAACGACCACUGCAUGCGUUUUACAACACAACUAUUGUCAGUCUGUGACCUGCACCACAAACAAGGAGGAGCAUUCAGCAGAGGACAGUGUGCUUUCCAGCAACUCUACAGCUGCUGAAGCUGAGAACCAGAUUCAGGUAUCCUGUGAUCAGCAUGAAGAUGCCUCAUCCCUCGUUUAUCACCUUAACUCUGCUGGCAAUGCAACUAUCGAGCACAUCAGGAGGAAAAAUUCUGGUGUUCCCAUUGGAUGGAAGCCACUGGAUAAAUAUGAAAGUGAUCAUAGAGGAACUGCAUGCCAGGGGCCACGAGAUCACCGUGCUUCGGCCCUCUGACAGCUGGUACAUCGAAGAAAAGUCCCCCCUCUACACCUCCAUAACUCUCUCCUGCCGUGGCGGAUUUAAGGAAAACUUUGACACUAAUUUAUCUCAACAGCUGGAGAUUCGGCUUCAGAUGAAGCCGGGGCAUUUUUGGUCCAACUUUUGGGCUCAGAUGCAAAUGCGGGGGGUGCUGCUAGACCAGUUCUUCCAGUUUCAUAAGGGAUUGGGUGAUGUAAUUACGCACGUUUUUGAAAAUGAAGAUCUGAUGCAGUCUUUGCAUGCAGACAAAUAUGACAUGGUCCUGACGGACCCUGGCAUUGGCGGCGGGGCGAUGCUGGCACGCAGACUCCAUCUUCCUCUGGUGUUUAAUGUCAGAUGGACCAUUCAGGGUGAAGCUCACUUCCUCAUUGCUCCCUCACCUCUCUCAUACAUUCCCUUUACUGCAACUCAGCUCACAGAUAAGAUGACUUUCCCUCAGAGGUUAAAGAACGUCUUGAGUUACUUUAUGGGGAUGUUUACACUGUCAUACAUCACAGAACCUGCCUACAAACCAAUUGUCCGGCGCUUCUUUGGCCCCGAUGUGGAUUACUCAACCUUUUUCCUCGACGCCGAUAUCUGGCUUAUGAGAAACGACUUUGUGUUUGAAUUCCCUCGUCCUACAGUGCCAAAUGUUGUCUACAUGGGAGGGUUUCAGUGCAAGCCCCCUAAACCCCUCCCUGCUGAUCUGGAGGAGUUUGUCCAGAGCUCUGGAGAGCAUGGGGUUGUCAUAAUGACUCUAGGAACAUUAAUGAGCAACUUGCCUCAGGGCAUCUCUGAAGAGAUAGCUGCAGCGUUUACUCAGCUGCCUCAGAAGGUCAUUUGGAGGUAUACAGGACAAAGACCAAACAACCUGGGCAACAACACGCUACUGGUCAAGUGGCUGCCACAAAAUGACCUCCUAGGUCAUCCCAAAACUCGAGCAUUCAUCACCCACGGAGGCACCAAUGGAGUUCAGGAGGCGAUCUACCACGGCGUUCCAGUUGUUGGACUUCCUUUGUUCUUCGAUCAGCCCGAUAAUCUAUCCAGGGUCAGGGCAAAGGGAGCAGCUGUGAUCGUAGAUAUCGCCAUGCUCGACAGGCAUAUAUUCAAAGAGGCUCUGAUGGCAGUUAUCUACAACUCCACCUAUGGCAAUACCAUGCGGACUCUCUCGAAGCUGCAUAAAGAUCAGCCAAUGAAACCUCUGGAUCAGGCUGUGUUUUGGAUCGAGUACGUCAUGAGACACAAAGGAGCCCGUCAUCUCCAGACACACUCCCAUAAAAUGUCCUGGUUUGUUUACAGCUCUGUGGAUGUCUUUGCAGCUUUGCUAGCAGCAGCCCUGCUUGCAACGCUCAUCUGGAUUGCAGUUGUCAGGUUUCUGUGGAGGACGAUUUUCAGUGGAAGAAAAACUAAACUUCACUAAUGUAACAAUAAAAAUGUGGAUUUCUUUGUGAGGAAUAAUAAACAGUGUUUUGAAGCGGAAAA